AUGGUUAAAAAAAUUUUAGCAGUUGUAUUGUGUUUCCUACAUUUUAACCACUGCGAAAUAUUAAAGGGAGUUUAUGAACCUUCUUUUAACAGAUUUUUGCAAAGCAAAAUUAACGUCCUCACGUGGUUGACUAAUGUGCUAUAUCCAUCUGAAAGUCCCAAAUAUUUCAAAAAGCACUUGGACUACAGGGGUUGUCGUGAAUACUUUUUGAAGCCCUCAUACGAGCCAAUUGAUCUGAAUAAGGGAUGGCUACAAACGAAUAAUUGGAGUGUACAUAAUGAAGAUGCCAUAAUAGAGUACGCAGGAAAGGACAGCUGCAGGGAACCGAAUCAUCCCUUUCCUUUUGGGUGGCUUGACAAAAGAAUGACCACUCGAACUUCUCUAAUUAAAAAGGACUUUUUUUGUAAGAAAACGAUAGCCCAGUUGGAAGUUCAAAUGAACGACGCCCAAACGUGUGGAUUAAUUUUUAGAAUCAUAGGUGAACGAAAUUAUUGGGGGUUGCUAAUUGAUAACAAGAUACUCAAACUCGUCCGCGUCAAGGAUGGAGAAUUAAUAGUGCUGAAGGAAUUUAGAGAAUUAAAAAUAAAAAAAGACGAAUGGUACGUUUUAUUUGCUCAAGAAGUUAUAAAAGACAUAAAAAUUAAGGCGGGGAAAUAUGGAGAUCUUUCUGUUGAUUAUUUGAGGAAACAUCAGGACGAAUCAGAAUACAGUGAAAAUAAGCAGGGGGCAGUUGGCUUAUUAGCAAAUAAGGGAAAUUGCAAAUUCAGGAACAUUAUCUUGCGGGGAAAGAAGUGGAGCGGGGAGUACGAGAAAUUGAAAAGCUCGAAAGGUUCCUUAUUAUACGACUUGGAUGAUAUAGAAUUAUUAUAUGAAAAUAUGAAAGACUGGUGCCCGAAAGCCGCCUUGUGUUCGAAGAAUAAAUACGAAACAGCUAAUUUUCAGGAGUAA